AUGAUUUAAUUAACUAAAGAACAUCUUCAUGACUAAAAUAAGAAGCUAACAGAAGAGAAUCAAAGAUUAGAAUUGUUUGUCUUUAGCCUAUAAAGACAAUUACAAAAUCUAGCCACUUUUAUAGAAAGGGAAAGAUUUUUAUAAGAAUAAGUUGAUUAGCUAAAUCUAGAAUUAGGAAAUCUUAGAAGAGACAAUGUAAAUUUGCAAGAAGUUAUUUUGUCUUUGCAAUCUUAAUCAAACACUAAUAAUAUCAAAAAUGAAAAACUAUUGAAUGAAAUAGAAACAAUCAAAUAAUUUUAUGAAGAAUAAAUAAAUACUUUUUCAAAAGAAAAUGCUAAAUUAUAGAGAUAGGUAAAAGACUUUAAUAAUAAACAAAUUUCCAAUCUUUAAUUAUCUGCUGCAAAAUUAGUUGAAAUAGGAAAUAAAAUAGAUUAAAAAAUAGGUGAUUAAUCUCAUAGAAGAAUGUUAAGCAAUCCUAUAGCUUAAAACCCUUAAGGAAUAUCAAAGGAAAUUUAUUAAAAUUUAAUUCAAUAACUUUCUAACUAGAGCACUGAUGAAAAAAUGCUCUACACUUCUCAGUAAUUUAAUACAAUUAUCUCAAUAGGUCAAAAUUAAAGCUUCAAGAUUCGAAUACAUUUUCUAAGUUGUCAUAAAAAUAAUCUAAAAUGCCUGGUUUCUAAGCUGCUUAAUUAGAUUAGCCCUUGCCUUCGGUUUCUAAUCUUAUUAAAAAAUGA